GUUCGGGGCGGAGUGGGGGCGUGGCCUGGAUCAGGAGACAUAAAAAAGGCUCGGUUCGGCCAGAAGUUCUGCAGGGAACUCCGAAGUUCUGCAGCAGCUGUGACUCUACCUCUGCUGGCGCUCCUGCUCAGUGAUUGGCUCCAGCAGACAGGUGAGAUGUCGUCGGUGAAGGUGGAGUCCGUGGUGAAGGAGCACGCUCAGAUCGGCGAGGGGCCGGUGUGGGAGGAGUCAGAGCAGACGCUGCUGUUCGUCGACAUCGCAGGACAGAAAAUCCACCGCUGGAACGCAGCGACCAAUCAGAUCCAGUCUCUGCAGACAGCUGACACGGUGGGAUUCGCGGUCCCUCGCCGAUCCGGCGGUUACGUCGCAGGCGUGGGCUGCAGCAUCGUGGCUGUUGAUUGGUCGACUCAGAAGGUGACAUCACUGGCCAGCAUCGAAGACGACAAACCAGAGAACCGUCUGAACGACGGGAAGGCCGAUCCGAUGGGACGGCUGCUGGCAGGGACGAUGAGGAGGGACGCUCAGACCGCUCAGGUGAAACCAGGAUCUUUGUACCUGAUGAAAUCUGACCUGUCUGUCACCAAGCUGCUGGGCCAGGUGGACAUCUCCAACGGGAUGGACUGGACUGCGGACCUGAAGACGCUCUUCUACAUCGACAGCCUGGCGAUGAGCGUCGACGCCUUUGAUUACGACUCGGCCUCUGGAAACCUGGGUAACCGCCGGGUGGUGUACCGGUUGGCGGAGGGGGAGGGCGUUCCCGACGGGAUGACCCUGGACGCCAACGGCCGCCUCUGGGUGGCGUGCUACGAUGGAGGACGGGUCCUCAACAUCGACCCCGCGACUGGUAAACGCCUGCAGACGUCUCUGCCCGCCACAAAGACCACUUCCUGUUGCUUCGGCGGCCCAGACUACUCUGACCUCUACGUGACCUCGGCCAGCCUGGGUCUGGACCAAUCAGAGCUCCAGAAGCAGCCGCGGCCGGGAACACCUUCAGGGUGACAGGGCUCGGGGUCAAAGGUCGACCAUCAAACGCAUUCAGCGGGUGACCUGCAAGAGGCGGAGUCUUCUGAUCUUCUAUAAGGCUGCUGAUUAAUAAUCAAACUGGUUCAAUAAAUGAUUUUACAGUGCUCACCUGUUCUCUAAUAAAGGCCGAGCUGAGCGCUAAGCAUGCUGGGA